UCAUAGAGGCAACGUUACCGGAAGCUCUCACACAGAGAUAAAGAAACGAAACCCUAAAGGGCAAACAACGACAAAGCGGCGCACGAUGACGAUCGAUCCCCAGCAGAAAACGAGCAAGUUCCGAUGGGGAGAGAUGGACGAAGACGACGACCUCGACUUCCUCCUCCCUCCCAAGCAAGUGAUCGGCCCAGGCGAGAACGGGUUGAAGACGGUGAUCGAGUACAAGUUCAACGACGAAGGGAGCAAGGUCAAGAUCACUACCAAGUCGCGCGUCCGCAAGCUGGCUUCCGCGCGGCUCAACAAACGCGCAAUUGAGCGGAGGAGCUGGCCUAAGUUCGGAGACGCCGCGAACGAGGACGCCGGUGGCCGGCUCACGAUGGUGUCGACGGAGGAGAUUCUUAUGGAACGAUCUAGGGCUCCUGGUACCAAAGCGGAUGAAUCAAAGGCAGCUGGAGACAGCUUAUCUCAGCUGAGUAAAGGCGGUGCAGUCCUCAUGGUUUGCAGGACAUGCCAUAAGAAAGGUGAUCACUGGACAUCAAAAUGUCCUUACAAGGAUCUAGCUGCACCAGCCGAUGUCUUUACCGACAAGCCACCCACGGGGGAAACAUCUACCGUAUCUGCCGCACCUGGAACUGGCAAGGCCGCUUAUGUCCCGCCCAGCAUGAGAGCUGGUGCGGACAGAAGCGCUGGUGGUUCGGACAUGAGGAGGAGGAACGAUGAGAACUCUGUGCGUGUGACUAACUUGUCUGAAGACACGCGUGAACCUGACUUGAUGGAGCUCUUCCACCCGUUUGGAGCUGUCACGCGUGUCUACGUGGCGAUUGAUCAGAAAACCGGAGUGAGCAGGGGGUUUGGUUUCGUUAAUUUCGUGAGCAGAGAAGACGCUCAGCGAGCUAUUAACAAACUGAAUGGCUACGGUUAUGAUAAUCUCAUCCUCAGGGUUGAGUGGGCCACUCCUAGACCCACCUAGAAAUGUUUUGAGAGCCCUUCUUAUUUUGGUCUUUGGAUUAUUGUUUAUCGACCGGUUUGCAUGUUUGCUUAGCUUGGAGAUGUUAUAUUCAUCUUUAAUGCAUGAUGCAUGUUUUGAUUAUUCAAAAGUUUUUGAAUGUUUUGAUCAAUUCUAAUAGGUAUGCAAUAAAAAAUAACAAAGAUGUUCUUGUCCACGUACAAGUGUAACAAA